AUCUCAUCUCCACCCAAAUCUAAACUGAUAAAAUCACGACACGAACCGCGAUUUGGACCCCAGGCGCGCUCUCUAUCCCCGCUCGGAUUGCUCCACGAGAGGCGACAGGCUAAAAUACCCUUUUCCAUCCAAGAGUAUGCCAGAGAGUAACAAUGGAGAAACAAAGAGGAAAAAAUGAUGAUGUCUCCAGUGGAUGGACAGUUACAGUCAUCACAAGGCUUUAAAGAAGGAGUGGGCUCUCCGGUCUUGGUCACUUCGAUCUUUGGGAUGCAUCCGGAGGGGAAGAUGCUGUUCCUGUGUGCCAUGCUGCGUGGGAUGAAGCUGCGGCCCCCUGUGAUGCUCUCCUUCCUCUCAGAACAGCAGGAUGUCUCUGAGGGGGCCGAGCUGGACCUCCCAUCGAGCGAAGAGGAAAAGGGGCCAGUCCUGGGACAGUGGGACCCAGAGGCACUGGAGUGGGAGCAGAACUCUGCGGAGGAAAACCUAGAGGGGACAGACCAGACAGACUCUUACUCAGCAGCAGGCAGUGAGGGUAGCAUCUCCACCUCUGUAGCAUCGCUGCCUCCCCAGGCCUCAGGCAGCUCUGCACCCAGCUCCCCCAGCUCCAGGCGCUCAGUGAGCACCCUCAAGAAAUGGCUUACAAACCCGGUUCGCAAACUCAGCGCCGGGGCCACAUCUAAAGGGGAACGUCAGGUUCGAAAACUGGAGGGGAAGCCCCCACCUGUGCCCCCACACCCCAUUCAGGAUCUGGGUAGCCCUCCGCAACUGGAUGAGAGUUUCACCAUCCUCUCCAUGACACAUUCAUUAGAGUGGAAAGAUGGCCUGGCCAGCCCGGAGGACCUGUCACCGGCUACACUCCAGUCACCCAGCUACAUCACUGACUCUCUGAUUGGCUGCACAUCCAUACCAAACAACCAGGAUACUCAGUCUACAGUGGUCGGGCCUGAAGACAGCGCCUCAGUCAUAAUGGACGACACCUCAAGCCAGUCCUCUGCUCCGGCCGACACAGAGGAGGAGAGAAGAAGUGCCUUAGAGAAGAGCAUGUACGUGCUUAAGGAGCUCAUUGAGACAGAGAAGCACUAUGUAGCAGACCUGAGCUUCAUAGUCGAGGGAUACAUGGCCACUAUGAAUGCCAAAGGGGUACCAGAGGACAUGAAGGGAAAGGACAAGAUUGUUUUUGGAAACAUUCACCAAAUAUUUGACUGGCAUAAAGACUACUUCCUGGGAGAGCUGGAGAAGUGUGUAGCAGAGCCAGAGAGACUGGCCCAACUUUUCAUUAAACAUGAGAGACGUCUGCACAUGUAUGUGGUGUACUGUCAGAACAAACCCAAAUCAGAGCACAUUGUGUCUGAGUACAUAGAAACUUAUUUUGAGGAGCUCAGACUACAGCUGGGGCACAGGCUUCAGCUCAACGACCUUCUCAUCAAACCUGUGCAGAGGAUCAUGAAGUACCAGCUGCUGCUCAAGGACUUCCUUAAGUAUUACACCAAGGCUGGAAUGGAUACAGAGGAUUUGGAGAAAGCAGUAGAAGUGAUGUGCUUUGUGCCAAAACGUUGUAACGACAUGAUGAAUGUGGGUCGUCUACAAGGCUUUGAGGGGAAGAUCACAGCGCUGGGCAAACUGCUACAACAGGACACAUUCACUGUGACAGAGCAGGACAUUGGAUUCCUCUCCAGAGCCAAAGAGAGACGGGUUUUCCUCUUCGAGCAGCUUGUCAUCUUCAGUGAGCCUAUUGACAAGAAGAAAGGCUUCUCUAUACCGGGAUACAUCUUCAAAAGCAGUAUAAAGGUGAGCUGCCUGGGGGUGGAGCCCAUUGUGGAUGGAGAUGAUGCACGCUUCGUCUUGACAUCACGGAACCCAGAUGGGAGUGUGGUGCGCUUCCAGCUCCAGGCCGCCUCCCCUGACAUCUGCAGGGCCUGGGUCAACGACGUGGUUCAGAUCUUAGAGACACAACGCAACUUCCUCAAUGCCUUACAGUCUCCAAUUGAGUACCAGCGCAGGGAGAGUAAAUCUAACAGCCUGGGCCGCAGCAUGAGACCCCCUCUGUCAGCGACCACCUCCCUGCGACCGCACUCCUCCGCCUCUAUCGACCGACACAAACUGCCCUCUCUGCACUCCCACAACACAUCUCUGCCCGCGCUCUACCUGCCAAGCCAGACCCAGGGUUCCGGGCUCAGCGAGGUGUUUGCUCUGCAGGAGCCCACUUUGGUCCAGCCGUGCACUGCAGACUCCCACACUGUUUCUCUGUCACAUGUCCAGCUGGGCUUCACUGACCAGGCCAGUGUUCAAGCUGUGUCAAACGGGCUGUACACCCCCAACUCACAAAGUGCACAGCAGAGGGCAGGAGAGGGUUGUCGAAGAGGGCAGCUCUGCGAUUCUGGGACUCCUGUGUCUGGACCUUCAGCAGGACGGAGACCCAGUAACUUGGCCCAGCUGACAGAAGACGAACUCUAGGAGUCCUGAAUGCUGAAGAAAGUAGCUGGCUCCUGCUGCUGCACAUGCAAGACUUUGAUACUGUCUAUUUAUGUUGCUACGGCCGGGCUGGACCUCUACCAGGCUUAGCAUUUGACGGGACAAAUGCAGAAGUUCAAGUGACUGCUGCCCACUCCAAAAGGGGCCCAAUCACUCAGUGUUACAAAUAUUUUUUUUGCUUUUUACUUUUUUAAUUUUUUGAACUUUUUUCAAGGUCAAGGGGAAUUUAUUAAUGAAGAAAAUCCAUUCCUGAUUGGGGCGGUCACUGGAGCUAUAUAUGUGUGAAUAUAAUUUUGGGAUGAAUGUGUGAAUGCAAAUGUGGGUGAUCCUGGGCCAGUUUUGGACAUAAUUUAUUUUAAGUCUCAAAGCAAGGACAGACCCCACAGCAAAUGCUUAGGCCUACUGUCAUUCCCACAUUGAGUCUAAACAUUGUUUAGGUUUGACAGAAAUAGGUAAAACAAAUCACUUGAUCCAAACCUGCCAAAUUCAUGUAUAUUUGUGCUCAGCUCAGAGAACUUUCUUGCCUUCGUGAGAGUUCAGUACACUCUCAGCCAUUCUGUUUGACUUCCCUCCGUUUGAUCCGGACAAAAAAGGAGCAAGGGAGCCCCCUGGAGGUUUUUUCUGAAUAUGACGUCACUUUGAAAAUACUUGGCUCCUCUAGUAACUCCCAAGGAAUUACAAGGUGCAAUCAAAGGGACUGUAUUACUCCAACAUUACUGAGUUCUUCACAUUUGUGGGUAAGGCCAAAGUUGUAUUUCCCAGGUUUUAUUUCAUCAAAAAUUAUACUACUUGUGAAUAUUCACAACUAAAGCUCAAGACAGAGUUUACCAUAAUGCCGGUGCAAUGCAAUGCUAAGGUAUUAAACCAGAUGUCUGGGGAUCUAAAUAAUGUGCAACAUUAGUUAACCACAUUACAUUUCAAAUGGCUGUGCCAAAACAGCUUCUUUUGCGUGUCUUUUAUGUGUUAAUGAAAGAUUUCAGUGUCUAGAGAAAAGAAGAAGUAUGAAAAUAUAAUUGUUCCAAUAACUGAUGGACAGAACUCAAUUACAUUUUAGGCCAGUAGAGGUCCCCACAAUAUUCUGACUUCCAAUUAAGUGUCUCAUACAGCUUCACCAAAAACCCAAAGAAUAUUUCACUAAAAGUAUUUUUGAAAUCAUUCACCAUAAAAUCAGGCAGUUUUGCAUGUAACACAAUGGAAAAUCAAUAAUGAAACUCUGCAGACAGAGUUUUAGUUGAUGCCAUUUUUGAUUGACUAGAAACUGUUGUAUCAUAUCAAAUAAAAAGUGACUUUUUUGGAUAUCAGAAAGUUUGUGUUUUAUUGUAUAUGUUUAUAAAUAAUAUAUCUACCUAACUGAAAGUUGGGACAAAGAGACAA